AUGCAAGCCCCAAACCAGGAAACGUUCGACCAGCUUGUUGCGGAAAUUGCAAAAAUACAUUUUCAACCACCACCUCAGCAUGUCUUGCCAUCUGGGGAUGCAUUGAAAGACGCUCGUUCCAAGCUUCAGCCUCACCUGCCUGCUCAAGGAGUAGGCCUUGAAGAAAGCAUACGGCAUCUACGGGAAGAUCUAGCCCCAUCAUUUAACGCCUCCUCUCGUUCACCCAAUUACUAUGGAUUUGUAACUGGUGGAGCCAAUCAGGCAGCAACCCUUGCUGAUAAUAUGGUCACAGCAUACGAUCAGAAUGUGCAAGUUCAUUUGCCCAACGAGACCAUUGCCACAGACGUAGAGGAUCGGGCCUUGUCUUUGCUUUGCGAGCUGCUGAAUCUCGAGCCUGCGCAAUGGCCUCACCGAAUCUUUACCACAGGUGCCACAACAGCCAAUGUGCUAGGUCUCGCUUGUGGCCGAGAGUAUGUGGUUGCAGAAGCUUCGGCGCACCGUACAGACGUGGAGAACAGCGUUGGCGAAGUCGGCAUAGUCGAAGCUAUGCGAAGAGCUGGUAUCGAUGAUAUUCAAGUAUUGACCACCGUACCACAUUCGUCUUUGAGUAAAGCUGCAGGUAUCUUGGGCCUUGGAAGAGCGAGCGUGAAGUGCCUGGGUCGUUCUGAAGCCCCCCACAUAUUCGAUAUGCAGCUGCUCAAAAAGUCUUUAGAGCAGCCUGGCGCCGCAUCUAUUGUCGCAAUCUCUGCAUCCGAAGUCAACACUGGCGUCUUCGCUACAUCGAAUCUCGAAGAAAUGCAAGAGCUACGAAAGCUGUGCGACAUGUACGGCGCAUGGAUACAUGUCGACGGUGCAUUUGGCCUUUUUGGUCGAAUCCUUUCAUCUCCCGCCUAUUCCUCCAUCAUACAAGCCUGCGCCGGCCUGGAGCUAGCAGACUCGAUAACCGGCGAUGGACACAAGCUUCUCAACGUGCCUUACGAUUGUGGCUUCUUCUUUUCGAGACAUCGCAACAUGGCUGAGCGCGUGUUCCAAAACCCCAACGCGGCCUACCUCGCCUCUAGCAAUGGUCCCGAUAGCAUCAUGUCGCCACUGAACAUUGGCCUAGAAAACUCUCGACGGUUCAGAGCUUUGCCGGUGUAUGCCAGCCUGGUGGCUUAUGGAAGAGAGGGGUAUCAAGACAUGCUUGAGCGCCAGAUUCAACUGUCACGUGGGAUUGCGCAGUACAUUCUAGAAAGCAACAAGUAUGAGUUGUUGCCUCAAAAAGAUGCCCCUCAAGAAGAGAUUUUCAGCGGCAUCUUCAUCAUUGUACUUUUCCGUGCAAAAGAUGAGGAGCUGAACAAGCAACUUGUUGACAAGAUCAAGGCAACCAGGAAGAUUUACGUCUCCGGUACUUCAUGGGAAGGAAGAGCGGCAUGUCGUUUUGCAGUAUCAAACUGGAUGGCGCAGGUGGAAAGAGACUUGCCCAUCAUCAAGCAGGUUCUAGAGGAGCUCGUUUAG